GCGGCCGCCACGCGGGGCACAGUCGGCUUCUACAUUUUCGGGACGUCUGUUUUGUCCUGGUAUGGCUCUCCUCGGCGACGAUGGUCGGGGCUAUGAGCUAGCUCGAAAGCUCGAGACCCUUGGGGUAUGGCGGACUUGGCUUGGUGAUUUCAACUACUCCAACUUCGUGCCUUUCCUCUCCUCGACUUCCACAUGGGAAACAUUCAUGCGAACGGACGAUUCGAAAUCUAGGGCUCAGAUCCAGCUACAGCUUAGGGCUCGAGCUCUCCUCUUUGACAAAGCAAGCGUCUCUCUCUUUCUUCGUUCCACUCCCUCGCCUUCUUCUUCUUCUGCUGUGAAUCCAUUAUCGUCCUCUUCUCUGGCUAUUUCGAAGCUCAAUCCUAAUUACUUGCAACUUCAUGGUGACGAUGUGUAUUUUACACUGGAAAAUCCUUCCAAAGAUGUGAAGGGUCAUGUUUCAUCCAAUAAGGCUUCCGGCAAGAUUCAGCCAAAAGCAGCUUCGAGUGUUGGGCCAAGAUCUAGAGAGUCUGAAAUUGGUGAUUCAUCCCAAAAAUUAAAAAAUGAACUUCCUGAAACAUGGUACAAUCAGUUCAUUGAGAAGUAUAGAGUCAAGCAGCCAUAUUGUUUGUCAAAUGGGAACAAUGUUGCAGACAAGCGAACAUCUGAGGAAAUGUCCUCUUACCUUAGAUUACUUGAGAAACAUAAGAAAAGGCGUAUGGUCUUUAAGGAUGAUCAGUUUAAAAAUUUUGGAAAUUCUGUCUCGGCAAAUGCUUCAAGUUCUGCUUUUGAUUUCAAUAGUUCAGUUGAAGAUGAUGCUAAUUUUUUCCCUGAAGUUAUGUUUACUUUUAACUGUGUGCCAGAGAGUGCAUUCCCACCCCCUGAUGAUAUGAAAGACUAUAGAAAACUGGAACUCUCUGGAGUCACUGGUACCUUCCCUCAGCCUAUUACUAGGAAUUCUGCCAUGAUGGAGAGGUUUGGUGUUAAGCCUGAUUACCUUAGCACAGAACGAGGGAGCAACAUACAGCGAGCAAAAAGUGGAUCUGGAGGGAGCAGGAAAAAUCUUGGUCAAGAACAAUCUUUUCAGAUGUCUCAGAAAGUAGUAGCUAAAAUGUUGAUGAGUAGAGGGUUUGAUGGUGCUACAGAAGUUCCGUUGGAGGUCUUCUCCCAAUUUUUGAGUUGUCAUAUCUGCAAACUUGGUAGUACUUUGAGAGUACUUGCUGAUAGUUACAGAAACCAGUGUUCAGCCGUGGAUUUACUGAGGAUGUUCCUUAAAACGAUGGGAUUCGGUAAUUUUGGACCCUUGGUGGAAAUUGUCAAGGAUGGUUCCAGGAAUUAUGUACGGCAGUCCUUGCAAGUUCAUGGAGUCCAACCACAAAUGCAGGCACAGCAUCAGAGCCUUCUUCAAGUGCCUCAACAAGUGCCCAGACAAAUGCAUCCCCAGAUGCCACAGAUGGUUCAUCCCCAAAAUUUGGCAUUUCAGCAGCAGCAGCAAUUAGCGCUUGCUGAAAAGAUGCGAAGACGGCAAUCUGCUAACCCACGUGCUGUUAUGGAAGUGAACAAGGACAGACCAUUAGUGCAAGUCAAGGUUGAAAAUACAGAAUUGCCUAUGGAUGGCAAUGCCUUAAAUGCUCUUAACGUCAGACAUCCCCAGUUGCAGUUCCGCCACCCGCAAAUUGCUGCUAUGUCCAAUGUUCACGCUUCACCAGCAAAUCAGUUCAGGCAGAUGUCUUCUAUGCAAAUGCCCCAGAUCCAGACACCGAAUAUUAACGUCGCUAGGGCUCCACCGGUCAAGGUCGAAGGCUUCCAGGAACUAAUGGGUGGGGACUCAUCCUCAAAACAUGACUCGGAGGAAGCUAGAUUGACCUCCCCUUCAAGUAAAUAGUUUAGGCAGCAACUACUUCGUGGUAUCCAAGUACAUAUUCCUUUACGUGAACAAAAAUUAAUAUAUUUCUGAGCAUGGAAGCUUGAGCCACUAAAGUUGGUUCAUGCACCCACCGGUGCGCUACUUUCCAUGUAUUCAGUCUUCAUUGCCCCUGUUAGAUCAAUAUUUAAUGCUUCAUUGCUUAUUAUAGAGGAUUAAUUUGAAUAUUUAUUGUUAAAUUUCAAAUUUGAUCCUUAUAGCUGGGAAGAUAAAGCUAGAA